CCCCUGGGAUGUGCCAUACACUUUCAAAACCCUCCUCCAUGGAAGAGGCCAAAAGAGGCCACCCAGGAUCUCAGCGUGGCAAGAAAGCCUCUCGUCCAGCCGAGAAUAUAGGAACUCUGGUACCCAGCAAAAAUGUCCGACAAAACCCCCUUCGAAACGGAUAUGCUGACGCUCACGCGAUUUGUUAUGGAGAAGGGACGCCGCGUUAAAGGAGCGACAGGGGAGCUGACACAGCUGCUCAACUCCAUGCUGACUGCCAUAAAGGCCAUUUCCUCCGCAGUCAGAAAGGCAGGCCUUGCCCACAUGUUUGGUAUAGCUGGCACUGUGAACGUGACUGGUGAUGAAGUGAAGAAGCUGGACGUAUUAUCCAACUCCCUGGUGAUUAAUAUGCUCCAGUCCUCCUACAGCACCUGCGUCCUGGUCACGGAGGAGAACAAGGAGGCCAUCAUCACCCCGAAAGAGAAGCGGGGUAAAUAUGUGGUGUGCUUUGAUCCCCUCGAUGGCUCAUCCAACAUAGACUGCUUGGCACCAAUAGGAACAAUAUUUGCUAUCUACAAAAAGGAAACAGACAACGAGCCCUCUGAAAAAGAUGCUUUGCAGCCCGGACGCAAUAUUGUUGCUGCAGGCUAUGCCUUGUACGGCAGUGCUACACUGGUAGCCCUCUCCACGGGGCAAGGAGUGGACUGCUUCAUGCUCGAUCCGGCUCUCGGUGAAUUUAUUUUGGUGGACAGAGAUGUUAAAAUCAAGAAGAAAGGGAAAGUAUAUAGUCUCAAUGAAGGUUAUGCAAAGUAUUUUGAUCCUGCAAUGACAGAAUAUUUACAAAAGAAGAAAUUCCCUGAGGAUGGCAGUUCCCCAUAUGGUGCCAGGUACGUGGGCUCCAUGGUAGCUGAUGUUCACCGUACAUUGAUGUAUGGUGGGAUCUUCAUGUACCCUGCUAAUCAGAAGAGUCCUAAAGGAAAGCUCCGACUUCUCUACGAGUGCAACCCUAUGGCUUUCAUCAUUGAGCAGGCAGGUGGGGUAGCAACUACAGGGACUGAGGCGGUGUUGGACGUGAAACCUGAGAGUAUUCACCAGAGAGUCCCUCUUAUCCUUGGUUCUCCAGACGACGUGCAAGAAUACCUUGCUUGUGUACAGAAACACCAGAAGAGCAGCUAAAGGCUUCUCCACAUCAGACCUUGCUCGUUUGUCUUCAAUCUACAGGAAAA